AUGACUGAACGAAGCAUCCCAAUGGUGCGUCAUUCGAGCCCUUGUACUUGUAGCUUGUGUUCAGUUAAUCCUAUACAAUUGCUCUGGAAUGGAGCUGUAUGUGGUAUUUGGCUGGUCUCGAUGCUGUUGGUUCUGGAGUAAUGAGUAAGAGGAUCGGGCCUUGCUCAGACUGGCCAUUACCCUCAAUCACGACGGCUAUUUACCUAUCCUUCUGAAAAAGCCAACCCUGAAUCGGUCUUCUCAUACUUGAAUCAGCUUGGAAAAGGACUAGGUAAGCAGUGUCUUGUGAAGUCUCGUUGUGUAAGCUCCCAAAUAGUGGUAAUGCUCAUUUUACGUUGCGACAUUGAGAGAAGGCAUAGAAUUCUCAUCAUGGUAUGCUAG